AUGAGCGCCGACCCGAGUAUCGACACCCAGGUGGAGGCGGUGAAUCAGGAAAACAAUAGUAAUGGCGUCUGGGAAAAGACUGCCGAUGCAGCAGAUGCAGAUACCGAGCAGGGAUCAAGCACGGAGGAAUUUGCGUUGGGGUGGAGGGGAAUCCUGGUGUUCUUCACCCUAUGCAUCCUCUCCUUGAUGGCCGCCUUGGAUGGAACGUCGCUGUCGGUCGCGUUACCAAUCAUCUCGGAUGCGCUCAAUGGCACGGCCAUCGAGGCCUUUUGGAGCGGAACCUCUUUCCUGCUGCUGUCAACUGUGUUCCAGCCCAGUUUCGCUUCCUUGUCAAACAUCUUCGGCCGGCGGCCCCUGAUCUUGAUAGCCGUCGCCUUCUUCUUCGUCGGGGCUGUGGUAUGUGCUGUGGCCAAGAACUUCACCUACAUGCUUGUCGGCCGGUCCAUCCAGGGCCUUGGCGGCGGUGGCAUCAUCGCCUUGACGGAAAUCAUCGUCACGGAUAUCGUGCCUCUGCGUCUGCGCGGGCAGUACUUUGGCCUGCUGAGUGCCAUGUGGAGUUUGGGAUCCGUCACUGGGCCGAUUCUGGGCGGUGUUUUCGCUGAGGAUGUCACCUGGCGCUGGAUCUUCUAUAUCAACUUCCCCUUCAUCGGGGUCGGGGCGGUCUUUGUGCUGCUCUUCCUCAACCUCAACAUCAUCCCGAGCUCAUUGGCCGAGAAGCUGCGGCGGAUCGACUACGUGGGAACAGGGCUUUUCAUCGGCAGCAUGGCAUCCUUCCUGAUCCCCUUGACAUGGGGUGGAGUGCUGUACUCGUGGUCGUCGUGGCGCACGCUGGUGCCGCUGCUGAUCGGAGUAGCGGGUCUGACGGUGUUUGGCGUGUACGAGUGGCGGUACGCGACCGAGCCGAUCAUCCCGCCGGGCAUCUUCCAGAACCGCACGGCGGCGGUCUCGUUCAUUGGCAGCGUGCUGCAAGGGCUGGUCCUGUGGUGCGCGCUGUACUACCUGCCGCUCUACUUUGAAGCCGUCAAGGAGUACUCGCCCGUGCUGUCGGGCGUGGCGCUGUUCCCGGACUCCUUCACGGUCGCCCCCUCGGCCAUGGCGACGGGCUUUCUCAUCACCCAUUUCGGAGCGUACCGGUGGGCGGUCUGGGCCGGAUGGGCCCUCUCCAUGCUGGGGAUGGGCCUGAUGUGCCUGAUCAAAGUCGACACCUCGGUGCCCGCGUGGAUCUUCAUCAACCUGGUCGCCGGCGUCGGGCUGGGCCUGCUGUUCCCCUCACUGGCGUUUGCCGUGCAGGCGUCCGCCGAGCCGGCCAUGCUAGCCAUCGCAGUCGCCAUGUUCAGCUUCUUCCGCGCCCUGGGCCAGACCAUCGGCGUCGCCAUCGGGGGGGUCGUCUUCCAGAACCGCAUGCGCAGCAACCUCCUCGGUUACCCGUCUCUGGCCCCCAUGGCCGACGCCUACAGCCAGGACGCCUCCGGGCUCGUAGAGAUCAUUCAGGCGAUGCCCGCUGGCCAGGAAAAGGCCGACCUCAAGGAGGCCUACACGGCCAGCCUGCGGAUCGUGUGGGCCGUCUGCUGCGCCAUGUCCGGCCUGGGACUAUUGUUGAGCCUGUUGACCGAACACUAUGAUCUCGACCGGGCACUCGAGACGACGCAGGGCCUGAAGAAGGGCAAGAAUGACACUGACGAUUCAGAGGCAUGA